AUGGCGUCGAAGAAGACGCCGAAGGGCAAGUCCGGUUUCUUUGGCGUGAGGGCGAAGCCCUUCGAGAACUUCGAAGUGGAGUUCUCCGACGCCGUGCGGCGUUGGUGGCUCAACACGUAUCCCACCGCCGAUGAGGUCGCGUGUGCCUACGACGUGGCGGUAUGGCAUGCCGGAUGGCCGAAGACGGACCUCAACUUCCCAGAGGUCGAGUCCCAGGCGGCGGCGGAGUGGCUCGUGCCGCAGGGCAUCCGGAUGGAGGAGAUGCCGGCGAAGAAGGCCGAGCUGGAGCACUACUGGAAGUGCGACGUCGAGGCGAAAAAGAAGGGGGUGAAGAAGGAGGACGAGGCCGUCUCCUCGACUGUGAUCCCUAUCAAGUCGUCGGAUGAAGACUGGGGUGACUCCGAGCAGGAGGACGAGGGGUGCGAUGACCCGACCAAGGAUGAGUUCUGGGAGCAGUUCUGCAGCUCCGACGACGAGGAGUAG